AUGACGGCAAAGGUGCCACGAAAUUUUCGGCUGCUAGAGGAGUUGGAGAAGGGGGAGAAAGGCCAAGGUCCAGAGGCUUGUUCGUAUGGUUUAGCGGAUGGCGAGGAUAUUAUGAUGAGAAAUUGGAAUGGCACGAUUCUAGGCCCACCUCACAGCGUACACGAGAACCGUAUAUACUGCGUGAACAUCCACUGCGGCGAUGACUACCCUGAUGCACCGCCAUCGAUUCAGUUUGUUUCCAAAAUAAAUUUGCCGUGUGUUGAUCCGCGUUCUGGAAAGGUUGACCCAACGAGGCUUCCCUGCUUAGCGGAAUGGAAACGAGAGUUUACUAUGGAAACUAUUCUCCUCGAGUUAAGAAGGUAUAUGGCACUUCCGCAGCAUAAGAAACUUCCCCAGCCACCAGAAGGCGCCACCUUCUAA